GGGGAGGGGCGAAAGUGGGGAAGUUGAAAGGUUUCCUCUGCAGUCGGCGAGGGGAUGCCAGGCAAGGAAGAGCCUCAGCUACAUAUACGCAAGCAGCAACAUCAUGAUGGCAUGGACUUGGAUGACCUGCUACCCCAAAUUGGGGAGUUUGGGUGUUACCAGAAGUUGUUGCUCUGGCUGGUAUGUCUGCCUGCCUGUAUUCCAUGCGGCUUCUGUGCAUUCAAUCAGCUGUUCAUGGCAGACACACCCGACCACUGGUGUCUCGAGCCAGAGCUGAUGGAGUAUCCACGAGAGAGAAGGAAGCAGCUCGCUAUACCUUAUGAUGAGACUGAUAAUGGAACUUACAGCAAGUGCUCCCGCUACAAUGUCAAUUGGACUCAACUGCUGCUAGAGUACGAUAUAGACGACCUGAGCCCCAACACGAGCUGGCCAGUCACCACUUGUCUGUAUGGCUGGGAGUUUGAUACUUCUAUAGUAUCUUCAUCUAUUGUUAUUGAUUACGAGCUGGUGUGUCAGCAUGACAUCUACCCUACCAUCGGUUUGGCGGCACUCAAUGCGGGUGGUCCUGUAGGUGUAUAUAUGUUCGGGAUUUUAAAUGACAGAUAUGGUAGAAGGCUGUCGUUUUUCCUUUGCCUGGCUACAUUGAUAUUUGGGAACCUUGCCUGCGCAUUCAUGCCCAACUUCUGGCUAUGGGCAGCCUGUAGGGUUAUAGCAGGUCUGACCAUUCCAGCCAUCUACCAGAUUCCUUUCAUCAUUUCUCUAGAGCUGGUGGGUCCCAACUACCGAUCAUUCGUUACUGUCAUGACGUGCCUGUUCUACACGUUGGGACUUGUCUUCCUGGCUGGCAUCACGUACCUGGUACGGAACUGGGUACAUCUUGCCAUUGUCACCUCUCUCCCAUUCUUGCUCUACUACAUCUAUUGGUGGUUCUUACCGGAGUCACCACGGUGGUUACUUGCCAAAGGGCGGCUGGAGGAAGCUUCUAAAAUACUGGAAACCUUGGCCAGCGUCAAUGAAAAAGAAUUACCUGACACUUUUAAAUUCAGAUUGAAGCAAGGAAUGAUGCUGCAACGGACUCGAAGUGAAGAACGGAGGUUGCAGACGGGGCCGGGUGUUGGAGCCCUGUUCAAGACACCUAACAUGCGGCUUAAAACCAUCCUUAUUACUCUCAACUGGUUUGCCAAUGAGAUGGUGUAUGUGGGUCUGAGCUAUUACGGGCCAGCUCUGGGUAGUGAUCAGUAUCUCAGUUUCCUAUUGUCGUCACUUGUCGAGAUCCCCAGCUAUUUGGCCUGCUGGGUAGUCAUGGACAGGUGGGGGCGUCGCUGGCCUCUCUCCAUCUCCAUGAUCGUCAGUGGUGUAUGCUGUAUCAUUACUGUACUCUUGCCUCCAGAAGCAGUGACUGAAACGUUGGUGCUGUUUCUCCUCUCCAAAUUUGCAAUAUCAGCUUCGUUCUUGAUCAUCUACCCAUUCACUGGGGAGCUAUAUCCCACCCAACUAAGAGGGGUUGGAAUUGGUUUCUCUGCUUACAUCAGUGGACUAGGACUGAUCAUUAUACCUUUCAUCACUUACCUUGGGUCAGAACAUCUAGUGUUGCCACUGGUAAUCAUGGGGGCGGUGUCGGUGGUGGUAGGCAUGACGAGCCUCCGCCUCCCUGAGACCCUCCAUCAUCGCCUCCCUCAGACCAUCGAUGAGGGCGAGGAGUUUGGCAAGGACUGGAGUCUAGCAGAAUGUCUUCGCUGUGUCCCUCUACAGCCCAGUUCUAUCAACACGUCAUAUGAGGACCUUGAUUUGGAGACGAAGGAUCAGGUGGAGCUACAGACUCAGACAAGUCCUCACAUGUCGACACCAGACAAAGAGACAGCUCUGCUAGGUCGUCGCGUACCUCGACGUCUUGUGCGACAGGCCAGCAUCAUGGAGACCCCUCUAGACUCUUCAGGCAGCAUGAAGAUGACUUGCUGGUUUUAGUCCCUAUUGCUUGUUUAGUAAUAAAUUUGUUUUUAUCUCAAA